UCAUCCCUCUCCUAAGGCAGGCUAUCGUAAAAGAUUUCAUCAAGAGUGUUCUGGAUAUUAAUCAAGCUACUCGGUUUGCAUCCCCAGGACAGGUAACAGCCGAUGACAGAUGGUGUAUCGCAAUAUCACACAAUUAACCCUCGCUUCUUAUAAACUACACGAGAAGAUUGUUACGAUACAAGCGACACAAGUGAGCGUUCAACGUUCCCAGAAAAGACUCUCAGAAAUCUGAUAUAAGGUUUUUGAUCCGGACUUUAUUUUGGAGCAAGCAUGGAAGGGGGGUCGAACAAGUGUUUUCUCCUUUUGGUACUAGGGAUGACGUUUGCUCACGGUUUGGGAACAUCUGUAACUGCUUCCCCAUCAACGGGUGCUGUUGUUUCACUCUCAUUAACUGAAACCAUUGCGGCAAACUCAGUAAACGAGACUGUUGUGUCACCCUCAGCCACUGAGGCCGUUGUGUCACCCUCAGCAACUCAAAUCGUUGUUUCGCCCUCAGCAACUGAAACUGUUGCGCAACACUCAAUAAACAAGACUGUUGUGUCACCCUCAGCAACUCAAACCAUUGCGUUAAACUCAGUAAACGAGACUGUUGUGUUACCCUCAGCAACUGAAAUCGUUGCGCAAUACUCAGUAAACGAGACUGUUGCGUCACCCUCAGCAACUCAAACUAUUGCGUCACCCUCAGCAACUGGGGCUGUUGCGUCACCCUCAGCAACUGGAGCCGUUGUGUCACCCUCAGCAACUGAAGCUGCUGCGUCACCCUCAGCAACUGAAGCCGUUGCGUCACCCUCAGCAACUGAAGCCGUUGCGUCACCCUCAGCAACUGGGGCCGUUGUGUCACCCUCAGCAACUGAAGCCGUUGUGUCACCCACGGCAACUGAAGCUGCUACCUCACCCUCAGCAACUCAAACCAUUGCGUCACCCUCAGCAACUGAAGCCGUUGCGUCACCCUCAGCAACUGAAGCCGUUGUGUCACCCUCAGCCACUGGGGCUGUUGUGUCACCCUCAGCCACUGGGGCUGUUGUGUCACCCUCAGCAACUGAAGCCGUUGCGUCACCCUCAGCAACUGAAGCCCUUGCGUCACCCUCAUCAACUGAAGCCGUUGCGUCACCCUCAGCAACUGAAGCCGUUGUGUCACCCUCAGCAACUGAAGCCCUUACGUCACCCUUAGCAACUCAAACCAUUGCGUCAUCCUCAGCAACUGAAGCCCUUGCGUCACCCUCAUCAACUGAAGCCGUUGCGUCACCCUCAUCAACUGAAGCCGUUGCGUCACCCUCAGCAACUGAAGCCGUUGUGUCACCCAGGGCAACUGAAGCCCUUGCGUCACCCUCAUCAACUGAAGCCGUUGCGUCACCCUCAGCAACUGAAGCCGUUGUGUCACCCAGGGCAACUGAAGCCCUUACGUCACCCUCAGCAACUCAAACCAUUGCGUCAUCCUCAGCAACUGAAGCCCUUGCGUCACCCUCAGCAACUGGGGCUGUUGUGUCACCCUCAGCAACUGGGGCUGUUGUGUCACCCUCAGCAACUGAAGCUGCUGCCUCAACCUCAGCAACUGAAGCCGUUGCCUCAACCUCAGCAACUGAAGCCGUUGUGUCACCCUCAGCAACUGAAACCGUUGCGUCACCCUCAGCAACUGAAGCCCUUACGUCACCCUCAGCAACUGAAGCCGUUGCGUCACCCUCAGCAACUGGGGCUGUUGUGUCACCCUCAGCAACUGAAGCCCUUACGUCACCCUUAGCAACUGAAGCUGCUGCGUCGCCCUCAGCAACUGAAGCCGUUGCGUCACCCUCAGCAACUGAAGCCGUUGCGUCACCCUCAGCAACUGGGGCUGUUGUGUCACCCUCAGCAACUGAAGCCGUUGCGUCACCCUCAGCAACUGAAGCCGUUGCAUCGCCCUCAGCAACUGAAGCCCUUACGUCACCCUUAGCAACUGAAGCUGCUGCGUCACCCUCAGCAACUGAAGCCGUUGCGUCACCCUCAGCAACUGAAGCCGUUGCGUCACCCUCAGCAACUGGGGCCGUUGUGUCACCCUCAGCAACUAAAGCCGUUGCGUCACCCUCAGCAACUGAAGCCGUUGCGUCACCCUCAGCAACUGAAGCCGUUGCGUCACCCUCAGCAACUGAAGCCGUUGCGUCACCCUCAGCAAAUGAAGCUGCUACCUCACCCUCAGCAACUGGGGCUGUUGUGUCAGCCUCAGCAACUGUAGCCCUUACGUCACCCUCAGCAACUGAAGCUGCUGCAUCACCCUCAGCAACUGAAGCCGUUGCGUCACCCUCAGCAAUUGGAGCCGUUGCGUCACCCUCAGCAACUGGGGCCGUUGUGUCACCCUCAGCAACUAAAGCCGUUGCGUCACCCUCAGCAACUGAAGUCGUUACGUCACCCUCAGCAACUGGGGCCGUUGCGUCACCCUCAGCAACUGAAGCCGUUGCGUCACCCUCAGCAACUGAAGCCGUUGCGUCACCCUCAGCAACUGAAGCCGUUGCGUCACCCUCAGCAACUGAAGCCGUUGCGUCACCCUCAGCAACUGAAGCCGUUGCGUCACCCUCAGCAACUGAAGCCGUUGCGUCACCCUCAGCAACUGAAGCCGUUGCGUCACCCUCAGCAACUGAAGCCGUUGCGUCACCCUCAGCAACUGAAGCCGUUACGUCACCCUCAGCAACUGGGGCCGCUGCGUCACCCUCAGCAACUGAAGCCUUUGCGUCACCCUCAGCAACUGAAGCCGUCGCGUCACCCUCAGCAACUCAAGCCGUUGUGUCACCCUCAGCAACUUGGGCCGUUGCGUCACCCUCAGCAACUGAAGCCCUUGCGUCACCCUCGGCAACUGAAGCCCUUUCGUCACCCUCAGCAACUGAAGCCGUUUUGUCACCCUCAGCAACUUGGGCCGUUGUGUCACCCUCAGCAACUGAAGCCGUUGCGUCACCCUCAGCAACUGAAGCCGUUGCGUCACCCUCAUCAACUGAAGCCGUUGCGUCACCCUCAGCAACUGAAGCCGUUGCGUCACCCUCAGCAACUGAAGCCGUUGCGUCACCCUCAGCAACUGAAGCCGUUGCGUCACCCUCAGCAACUGAAGCUCUUGCGUCACCCUCAGCAACUGAAGCCGUUACGUCACCCUCAGCAACUGGGGCCGCUGCGUCACCCUCAGCAACUGAAGCCUUUGCGUCACCCUCAGCAACUGAAGCCGUCGCGUCACCCUCAGCAACUCAAGCCGUUGCGUCACCCUCAGCAACUGAAGCCAUUGUGUCACCCUCAGCAACUUGGGCCGUUGCGUCACCCUCAGCAACUGAAGCCCUUGCGUCACCCUCGGCAACUGAAGCCCUUUCGUCACCCUCAGCAACUGAAGCCGUUUUGUCACCCUCAGCAACUUGGGCCGUUGUGUCACCCUCAGCAACGGAAGUUGUUGAAUCACCCUCGACUGAGGCCAUAGUUAUAACCUCAUUAACUGAAGCUGUUACUAGCACGUCAUCGAAAGCAACAGUGACUUUUACUAUCAUCCCUUCGACAACUCAAAUACAAGCCUCGACGACAAUACCUAAAACUCCAUCGCCUGAAGUCGAGUCCGUCAGUUUGGAAGUAACAAUAGACAUGGAGUUUAAACCUCAAUAUAAUGACAAGAACAGCAAAGAAUACAAAGAACUAGAAACGGAUUUUACUAAAGCUAUGACUGAGGUCUAUAAAGACAAGGAUGGAUUCAAGCAAAUAAUAAUUAACGGCUUUACAAAGGGGAGUGUGGUAUGUGAUUUCACGGUGGUGUUCGAGGCAGGUUCGAAGGUGGAUUCAAGUUCUCUCAAGUCUUCCCUGCAGGCUGCUGUUAACAGUGGACGGGUCCAGGGAUUUAGGAUCAUAAAAAUAGAGCUGAAAGAAGAUGUUAAAGAAACCACAAUGGAGGUUUUACCAAAGUGGGCUUUCGCUGUGCUGAUACUCCUUGGAGCCAUCGCAUUCAUCUUCCUUGUCACGAUCAUAGUGAUGGCGGUAUUUUAUCGCCGCAGUAGCAUGCAGGCGCCCGUGUACGUCUCAGGGUUCGACUUGGGGCAACAGUACGAGUCCAUGACGAUGGGAGACUAUCAUCUCCGAGCACAAGACGUCAGCUUCACCAAGGAAACGGAUAAGGAAUACGAGGUGAUCGGAGAGGUGAACCCCACCGUGCCUGCACAGAAACCUGAGAAAUAUGAAAACCUGAUGCGUGACUCUGAUCUUGACACAUGCGUGGCUCUGGAUCUGGACACAUACGUGACUCUGGAUCUGGACUCAUGUGUGACUCUGGAUCUGGACACAUGCGUUACUCUGGAUCUGGACACAUACGUGACUCUGGAUCUGGGCACAUACGUGACUCUGGAUCUGGGCACAUGUGUGACUCUGGAUCUGGACACAUGCGUGAUUUUGGAUCUGGAAACAUGCGUGACUCUGGAUCUGGAUACAUGCCGAGAAGCAGGCAGGGGUUCCAUGGAGAAAAUGGUGAUCUUGAAGUCAUGGGGCAUAAUUACCGCGCUAACAAUAUCAUUUUGCGGAUCUAAUGUCGCAAUAUCACCAUCCACUCCAGCGACGACAUUAUCACCACUCUCAUCGUCAUCACUCUCAUCGUCAUCACUCUCAUCGACAUCAUCAUCACUCUCAUCGACGACAAACGCAACAGAUAUAGCAGCUGAAGCGACAACUUCAAUAUUAUCAUCCCCAACACUUUCGCCAUCAACCACACUUAUAUUAGCGAAAAACUCGAUGACAACCGCAACAGCGAAUACAACAGCUGAAGUGACACAGACUUAUAUCGCACCAUCUUCUUCUACUUCUAAUGUGACAGACGGAAUGACCUCAGCAUCAGCAUACACCAUUUCGCCGUCUCCAACAAUACCGCCCAGUUCCACAAACCCAAGGACCACCCCCAUGACAGAGGCUCCUACAGCAUUCUGGGAUAUGUCCGUUGCCAAGCUCGGUAACUUGUGGAGUUUCGUGAUCAUGGUGGUAGCUAUCUUGCUGUGUCUGAUUCUCUUCGUUGCGCUCGUUUGCAUGUGUCAUAAGUACAACAAGUUGAAAAAAAGAACAAAAUUCCCUACAGAUGUGAUUAUCAAUAAUGAGAGUGCGUGGAUCAAUAGUAACGAUGACUUAUUGAUGUGGGAGAGGAACCUGCGGGCCACAGAAAUGAACCCAACGGGGAUAACCAACGGCAAUCGACCAAAUGGCGAAAUGUAUAAGAAGUGAAAUGGCGGCGAUCCUCUUGGGGCGUGGGGGGUGCGUUGUCAGAUGAUGUAAAUGUCGUGCUCGAAGUGGUUUAUUGUGCCGAAGUAUUUUCUAGAAUCUUCCCCAUGGUAAUGAUUUUGAUUUAUUAAAUAGAAUUUCUCCUAUUAUGAAUAUCAUGUGCGAAUUCCCAUCCGAGAGAUUCCUGAUUGGCACAACAUAAGUGUCCAAUUAGAAUUCAACAGACAGAGAUAUAUUUAUCAGAGUGGAGAAAGAUAAUUGGGUUAUUCCUAUUGUAGAAAAAUACAUACAGUAUUUCAAUACGUGAAAUACACCUAUUUCACAAAAGGUUGUCAGUGCAAAUGGAGAAUGACAAAUGGUAAAUGGCUUAUGGGUACUAAUUAUUCGUAAAAUUAGAGUUGUAAAAAUAAAGUCCAGCAAUGUCAGAGCCAAGCAUUUGUAACCUUUAAUGGGUAAUUGUUUUGAUUUAUCCAUAUUCGUCGAGACGUAUGGUUACUUUCGAUCGUAGAACUGCCAUUUGCCAAUCACCAUUUGUCAUUUGCACUGACAACCUUUAUUGAAAUGGGUGUAUGUAUGCCUAAUAACAUAUACCAUACUAAAAGCAUAUACCAUGCAGUCAUAGCUACCAUGACUCCAAUCAAGAGUACAUCAUACUCUCUUGCUUGAUAGAAUACUUUCUAACUGUAGACUCAGAGAGGCGAUGUUAAAAAUAGUUGGAUAAAUCUUUUAGGACAAAAGGCGUUUAAUUCGUGAAUAAUAUUUCUCGCGAAAUCGCUAAAUUGGUACUAGUGGUUGAACCGUUUAGCCGAAAGCCUCGUAUGCUUAUAAGGACAUAAAUAUGCCAUGAGUUUCUUACUUUAUUACAGUUCUGUUAUUAUUAUAUUUUGAUAAAGGAGACAAAAAAUAUUUUUAA